AUGCGACAAGAACAUCGUAAUCGUGUAUUUCAUGAUUUUCGUACUGGUCUUUGUCGUAAUCUUGUUUGUUCGGAUUUAUUUACUCGUGGUAUUGAUAUUCAAGCUGUUAAUGUUGUAAUUAAUUUUGAUUUUCCACGUUACAGUGAAACAUAUCUUCAUCGUAUUGGUCGUUCAGGUCGUUAUGGUCAUUUAGGUCUUGCAAUAAGUUUAAUAACAUAUGAUGAUCGAUUUACUGUACACAAAAUUGAACAAGAAUUAGGUACAGAAAUUUUACCUAUACCACGUCAUAUUGAUGAAAAUUUAUAUGUGGCUAAAGUAUCAACUAUUGAACAAUCAAUUGAUGAACAACAAACAGAUAAAUGA